AUGACGGAAAUACUGUCGCAAGAGGUGCUUCUCGAGGAGCGAAAGGGGAAGCUGGCCACUAAAGGAGUACAACACUAUGACGGCAGGCAUUUUCUGGCAUCAAAAGAAGUCAUCCUCUCGGGAGGGGCUUUUCGCACGCCACAACUUCUCAUGCUCAGUGGUAUUGGUCCAGCCGCAGAAUUGAAGAAAGCGAACAUCCCAGUACGACUCGACUUACCUGGAGUCGGCCAAAACUUUUACGACCACCUUCUUGUGGGAUUUGCUUUCCGACUCAAGGACCCUUCAUUGGGUCUUGCCAUGGGCGGCGCAGCCGGUCCUUGGGCAGACCCAGCAUACCAGUCUGGUCUUGCUGCGGAUUGGAUUGUAACUGAAAAGGUUCCGAGGUCUAUUCUGGAGGAGGCUGUGAAGAAAGACUUGGCCAGCGAUCGAUCUCGGGAUCAAGACGAAUAUGUCAUGUCUCUUGAACCUCGGUCGACACACCUUGAAUCAGUAAUGAUAUACGUACCCGGUGGCCCACCUAUUGCCAAUCUGCAUGCUCCAUUUGACGGAAACCAUAUAGGCGCCGUGGUUGGAGUCAUGUCUCCGACCUCUCGCGGCAGCAUCAGCAUAUCUUCCACCUCAGCACUAGACCCUCCAGUCAUUGAUCCCAACUAUAACGCAACAAGUGUCAACCACACACUUAUGCGUUACGCCAUUCGCCGCUUGCUCGAUGCUGUUCACAACUCGAUGUCUGUCGUGAUCGAUUCGGAGAAUCCUCCGCCUCCAUUCGAAGCCUUGACCAUUUCGUCUUCUGAUGAAGCAAUCGAUGCCCGGGUGAAUUCCGAAGCCCGUUCUUUCUUCCAUGCGGCGGGGACAGCCAGUAUGGGGUCCGUAGUGGACACGAAGCUACGAGUCAAGGGCGUUAGUGGCUUACGAGUCGUGGAUGCAAGCGUGAUUCCAUUGCCAAUUGGCGCCCCCCUUCAGGUGGCGACCUAUGCCAUUGCUGCUCAAGCCGCGGAUUUGAUCGGGCGGGAGGAAUGA